AACUAUCUUAGCUGCGCUGAGAAGAACUUUUUACCAAGUACUGCAUUUUAAAGGGGAAUUUAAAAUCACAAAGUGCAAAUAUCAUGGUGAAAAGUAACCAUCACCACUCUUUGCUUUUCAUGCUUCCUCUCAUCUUCCUCCUACAAGGAGCGGCCGUCGUCGUUUCAUCUGGUCUCGGAGCAGACGACGGAGAAGUGCUCAGUGGGACCACGCCGCCAUCCCCGCCCGCUCGCUUCCCCGCUUCUCCAUUUCAUCCCGGCCUCCUCAAUGUCGUCAUCUCUCCGGAUCACUCACCGCUUACUGCCCAUUCUGUGGCUCUGCCACCCUCUGCAGCGGCCGUUUCAACACGGCGGCUAUCCCAAAGCAAAACAGACAGCAAUAGAAAAAGGAAACUGAGUAAGAAAAUGAAGUCUAAAAAGAAGACCAAGAAAAUUCGUAAAAUUAUAAUUAUAAUUACUGUACUCGUCAUUAUAGCCGUUAUAAUUGCAGCCGUCAUUAUAGCCGUUAUAUAUUUGAAGAAGCGAAAGGAGAGUGUGGAUGCACUUCCCACUUCAAUUGCCUAAAUGCACGUGCAUUUAAUGACAAUAAUAUCGUGCAGCUCUUUUAUUAUAUUGUGUUUAAUUUAAUUAAGUUAUCC